GACGUGAGGGCGGGGAGCGGGCCGAGGAAGCCCAGAGUUAUCCAAGGGUGGCGUGGGUUGUGGAGGAUGCUUGUGGAAGGGAGAUGGGCGGAAGGGAGGGGAUUAGUAGGAGAAUGGGGAUAUGUGUGUGGGCUGUGGGUGCUAUGUUGAAGGAAGAGGGAUAUGCACCUCUGCAUUGUGCAAACUUAAUCGUUGUGUCUCAUCCCUGCAUUGUGCAAACGUGAGUUAAUCGUUGUGCCUGCAUUGUGCCAUUCGGCUGGUGCCAAUGUUCCCAAAAGCCGCCGUCGUGGAACACCCGUCGCCUUCCCUUCGCCAUGGCCAGCAACGGCAACCAGGGCAUACAGCCGACCCUCGGCAGGCUUGCACGGGUAGGGGCAUACACAGCAUCGGCAGGACUGUUUGUCUCGAGGUGGGGCCUCGCACUCUCAUCCACAGCGGCGUCAUCGGCCCUCGGCCUCUCCUCGCUCCUCGCCUCUUCGACCGCCCUCGUCGUCCCCUCGCUCCUGCCUGGUGGCUCAGCCAUUUCUUCGGCUCUCUCGGCCAUCGCUCUCGGCUCGUGGGCUGCACGCACCUCGAUCACCGCAUCAUCACUUUCGGCACAGUCAUCGCUGCUCGCCCUAGAACUCGCCCUCCGCACCGGCUCGUGGGCCGCUGCAACCAUCGCCUCAGUCGCCUCGGCUUCGUCCUCGGCUCCGGCACCAGCUGCGACAGACGACUUUGACAAUGCGCCGCUGGUGGUAGCCUGGCGGAGCUGGGAGCGCCCGGACUCGGUUGAUCGCUGGCUUCGCCCGGCCAUGAACGUGCAUGCAUGGCAGCUCGACGUGGACAUCUUGCAGACCGCCAUCGGCUCACACGCUGCUGCGCUGAGCGCAUGGACGGCUGCUGAUGGAAACAUGGCGGCCUUGCCCGAGGCCAAGCGCAUGACGCUCGCGCUGUGGUACGCCGCCGCCCACGCUGCGCUCGAGCCGUCGGACGCGCGGUCUGCGCUCGGCAGCCGUCUCCUCUCGGGCGGAUCAGCAGUGGCCGCGCUGGCCUUGCUGCAUCAGCACGAGCGGGGCGCGAGUGCAAGCGAGCGCAAGCCAAGAGUCGAAACAGAAGCUGCGCCUGCGACAAGCUCGUCGUGGUCGUCGUGGCUUCCUUGGCGGGCGCGGGCGUCGCAGCCGCGGGCUGCGGGCUCGUCAUCCGAGGCUGCAGCACUCGUCAACUUGGGGCGUAUGUACAUGCCGCUGGCGAUCGCAGCGUACGGUGAGGCUGCGCUUAUCAAGCUUUCGGCCGAGCCAGAGGUUGCAGCAGCGUAUCCGUCGUUUGAUGCUUUUGUGAGCUCGGUUGCUGGCGACGAGCUGCGGGUGGUGCGUGCGCGUGGACAGACCGACGGCCGCGCGCUCAACUACGCAGUGCUGGAGGACACCGCUAAUAGCGUGAUUGUCGUUGCCAUUGCCGCGCCGCGCAGUUUGGACGAGCUUGUGACCUCGGCACUUGUCAAGCCACCGCUCAAGCUCGAUGAUGCUAACUUUGUGGCGCGCGAGGCGCACGAGCUCGCGGUUACACUCCGCGACGAGAUCGGACCAGAGCUCGCACGGCUGGCUCUGGCACAGGCUGCGCCGGCCACCGUGGUGGUGGCCGGGCACUCUCUCGGCGGCUCGGUUGCCGCGCUCCUCGCGCUCUACCUUGUCGAGCCGAUGCGCGAGGCUGCACCCGCAGCCACUGUCCGCGCACUUGCAUACGCCCCGCUUCCGUUUGUGUCGCACCGGUACGCGAUCCAGGACGUGGUCCGCAGAACAGUUGUUGUCUACGUAGCCACCGCCGACGCCCUGCCACGACUGACGGCCUCGCACGUGGCAGCGCGGGUGACGGCACCGCUUGUCGCACUCGCUACAAGCGCAGCUGCGCUGGUCCCGGCCAUUCUUCUUGGCGAGCAGGUCGACGCCGGUGCCGCUCUGCUGCCUGCGCCGACCGACCUCCCGUCGCUCUCCAGCCCGGGCCUCGAGGCCAAUCUCGUUGUCGCCGGCACGGUUUUGGUCGUCGACAAUGGCGGCGAGAUUGUCAACGAGAGUGAGCCCGGUGCACUCGCCGCGGGCCUGACGCUUGCUCCCGACGCGUUUACCUCGCACAUGCCGCAAGCCUAUGCGCGCGCGCUCUCGGUCACCACCGAUAGCUGCUGAGCGAGGCUUGUCACGAGUAAAAGUGAAACGCAGUCGA